UUGUUGAUCACACAAACGUCAACAGCUUCGAAGUAACGAGCAUUUUCGGAAAGUCAUCAUCGCCUGAAAAACAUCCGAAUUGGAAAAGAAUAAUAGUUUCUCUUGUUUGAAUUGAUUCAAACUAAUAAAAAGUGAUAAAAAACACUAAUGGCCGGAACGCUAGAGGACAAAUCAAUCUGGGAGGACGGCGAGGAGACGUUGGGCGAAGAGGUACUCCGGAUGCCCACCGACGAAAUCGUCAGCCGGACGCGCCUGAUGGACAAUGAAAUCAAGAUCAUGAAGAGCGAGGUCAUGCGAAUCAACCACGAGCUGCAGACGCAAAACGAGAAGAUAAAGGAUAAUACGGAGAAGAUUAAGGUCAACAAAACGCUGCCCUAUCUGGUGUCGAACGUGAUCGAGCUGCUCGAUGUGGAUCCCCAGGAGGAGGAAGAUGAUGGGGCGGUGGUGGUGCUGGAUUCCCAGCGGAAGGGCAAGUGUGCCGUUAUUAAGACCUCCACCAGACAGACGUACUUUUUGCCCGUUAUUGGUUUGGUUGAUCCGGAGAAGCUGAAACCGGGUGAUCUGGUGGGUGUCAAUAAGGAUUCGUAUUUGAUUUUGGAAACUUUGCCAGCGGAGUAUGACGCCCGGGUGAAGGCGAUGGAGGUGGACGAACGACCAACCGAGCAGUACUCCGAUAUUGGCGGUUUGGAUAAACAAAUUCAGGAACUGAUUGAAGCCGUUGUUCUGCCAAUGACCCACAAGGAGAAGUUUAAGAAUUUGGGAAUUCAUCCACCGAAGGGUGUUCUUCUAUACGGUCCUCCUGGAACCGGUAAAACACUACUUGCUCGAGCAUGCGCUGCUCAAACGAAAUCAACCUUCCUGAAGUUGGCCGGUCCCCAGCUGGUGCAGAUGUUUAUCGGUGAUGGCGCCAAGCUGGUACGGGAUGCGUUUGCUCUGGCAAAGGAAAAAGCUCCGGCCAUAAUCUUCAUCGACGAACUGGACGCCAUCGGUACAAAGCGUUUCGAUUCGGAGAAGGCCGGCGAUCGUGAGGUUCAGCGGACUAUGCUUGAACUGUUGAAUCAGCUGGACGGUUUCAGUUCGACGGCUGACAUUAAGGUUAUCGCUGCGACCAAUCGAGUGGACAUUCUCGAUCCAGCCUUGCUACGUUCGGGUCGUUUGGAUAGAAAGAUUGAGUUUCCCCACCCGAAUGAGGAGGCUCGCGCUAGGAUUAUGCAGAUUCAUUCGCGUAAAAUGAACGUCAGCCCAGAUGUGAACUUUGAAGAGCUGGCCCGUUCGACGGACGAUUUCAACGGAGCCCAGUGUAAGGCGGUGUGCGUCGAGGCCGGUAUGAUCGCGUUACGACGCUCGGCGGUUGCAGUCACCCACGAGGACUUUAUGGACGCUAUCAUGGAGGUGCAGUCAAAGAAGAAGGCCAAUCUGAACUACUAUGCUUAGAAUUUGUAAUGCAAAAUGGAAUGAUUUAAUAAUUACAGCUUAUCUCUAUACACUAAA